UCUGUGUUCCAAACCCAAUUCACAAUCCAAACUCAACUUCCCCUUCUCUUUUCACUCUCAAAUUCUCAUAUGCCCAUUUCAACACUCAAAGUUUUAUUCCAAAAACCACCACUACCCUUUUUUCCUUUUCAUUUUCCCUGCAAAACCCAGAAUUUUCAGAGUGAUUUUCCAUCUGGGUUUUGACCAUUUUGUGAGAUUCUGAUUCUGCGGUGUGUUCAAAUUUGCAGCUGAAACAGAAAGCUUCCAUUUUUAUAUUUAAACUGCAAGAGAGAGAGAACAUAAGGGAAAGUUAUCAACAUGGGUGCAACGACAGGAUCAAGCGACUCAUUAGGUGAAUCUGGCACAGUCGCGAUUACUGGGAAGAUCAUGGUGGUGGCUAUAAUCUUCUUCUUCAUGGUGGUUGUGUUUGUCUUUGUGCUUCAUCUCUAUGCAAAAUGGUUCUGGUGGAGUAUUGAGCAAAACAUUACUCCUCAACCCGGCAACCGGCGCCCGCGCCGGCGCCGGUUUGUCUUCGCCCCCGGCCAAGACCCGGUCAUCUAUGGCAAUCACCAAACUGGGCUUGACCCUUCAGUUCUUAGGUCCUUGCCAGUGUUGGUGUUUCAGCCAGAGGAAUUCAAAGAUGGUUUGGAAUGUGCUGUGUGUCUCGCUGAGAUUGUUCAAGGUGAAAAGGCAAGGCUUUUACCUAAAUGUAACCAUGGGUUUCAUGUGGAUUGCAUUGAUAUGUGGUUCCAAUCCCAUUCUACUUGCCCUCUUUGUAGAAACCCUGUUGCCUCCUCUGAAUCUUCUAAGCCAAGUGGUAGUUCAAAUGCCGAAGAGAAUGUCUCGGUGAAUAAUAAUAAUGAGUCAUCAGAGCAAGAAAAUUCAGCUGCCGUUAGUGGCUUAGAGUCUUCAAAUUUUCCUACAAAUGUGUUGGUUUGGGGGAAUCAGACACAAGUUAGUUCUGUUGGUGUUUCCUUGGCAGAAGAAGGCACUUCUCAGCAACCUCCUUGUUCUUCUUCCACACCUUCUUCUUCAACUAAUGAGAGUGUUAAUCGUAGUAGGUGUAAUGGAAUGUUGGUAAUUGAUAUACCAAGUGAGUUCACUUCUUCACCUUUGUCUCCUUCAGGGAAUAGGUGUGCUGAAGAUGAGGUGAAAUCACCAAUGGCAGCCACAUUGAGGUCAUUUAAGAGGCUUUUAAGCAGGGACAAAAAGUUAAGUCCUUGUAGUCCUAGUUCUAUGGAUGUGGAACAAGCGCAGGGAUAGAUAUUUGUUAAUGGUAUUCAUUAAUUAUUUUAGGAGAGUUCCUCUUUCUGAAUGAUAGCUCUUAAAAGUGUCAGAGUUA